CAGUAGAGUUGGAGGGCAGAGCGCAGUGCUCUUACGCGUCCAGUCUCAUGCGCUCAGGAGUUAGACAGAGACGCAGUUACCACACGAAAAACAGCCGAAUUUACUCUCGAGGACCAGCCCCGCUCUUCAAUUAGUGUCUUGGGCGCUAAUGAGGUUUUUAACACAGCAUUCAAACUUGUUAAUGAAAUAGUGCCGUUUCGUGACACUGAUUUUGCGCAACUGCUUCCCUUUGAUUUGGCGCCAGAUUUGCUGGGGAAUAAACGAUGAUUCUCGGGGUGCUCUGUUCCUAUGAAAUGAUUUGGAUUGCGUCUAGCAUUUUUGGAGGAAUUCAGCAUUGAACGCAGUACGACGUUUUCUGGACAACUUUGGUGCCAGUGGACACGGGCAGUCGCGAAAGUCUUUUACUGCCUCGAGAUUGUUGGCUCUAAGCAGGAUGGACCUCAUCGGGCUCUAUUUGUUCCAGCUGGCAAUUCUUGGGGUGUCACGACUGGUGUCCGGGGGCCGGUGGGACUGUCUCACUGCGGGGGAUUCGUGCUCCAGCGACGAGGCAUGCAGCCCACGCUUGAGAACGCUGCGGCAGUGUGUUGCAGGCGGUGGAAGUGUGAAGCUGGGACCGGGUGCACGCAACCACUGUGAGAACGCAGUGACGGCCCUGCUGUCCAGUCCCCUACACCGAUGCCAGUGCAAACGGGGUAUGAAGAGAGAGAAAAACUGUCUUAGCAUCUACUGGAGUCUCAAGCAGUCCGUGCUGCACGGGCUGAGCCUGGUGGAGAAUUACCCCUAUGAGCCUGUCGAGCGAGGCUUUGAUUAUGUUCGCCUGGCCUCCAUUGCUGCAGAGUCUGAGGUGGGUAUGACAACAGUGAACCGUUGUUUGGAUGCUGCCAAGGCCUGUAAUGUCGAUGAGACGUGUCAGAAACUACGCACGGAGUAUGUGUCGGCGUGCAUCGCCCCAUCAGCACGAGCCGGGCCCUGCAACAGAGCACGCUGCAGCAAAGCACUGAGGAAGUUCUUUGACCGCGUGCCACCCGACUACACGCAUGAGCUGCUCUUCUGUCCGUGCUCCGACACGGCAUGCGCAGAGAGACGACGCCAGACCAUUGUGCCUGCAUGCUCAUAUGAAGAAAGGGAAAAACCCAAUUGCCUGGCUCAACUUCGAGUUUGCGAGGCCGACUAUGUGUGCAAGUCUCGCUGGGCUCAGUUCCAGCACGACUGCCAACCCUCCGAGCUUACUGCCAGCGGCUGCCAGCAAGAAAAUUAUGGAGCCUGCCUUGUUGCGUACACCGGCCUGAUAGGUGGCAUUAUCACUCCAAACUACCUAGAUAACUCUACAUCCAGUGUGGGACCAUGGUGCUCUUGUGUGGCUAGUGGGAAUUUCCGAGAUCAGUGCAACCACUUCCUCGGCCAUUUCCAUGACAACAAUUGCUUGAAGAAUGCCAUCCUAGCUUUUGGGAAUGACACAGAUCUGAAAUCUGCGACAAACCAAGCUUUGGGCUCCAACACCAAGCAGAUCUCAGUUACCAGCUCCGAGACCACCACUACCACCAUUGGUUCUGGCAUGGAGACCGAGCAGAACAUCCUGCGUCCACAGAUUCCCACACAGAUGAAUGAGAGAGACAGACUGUGGGGGGAUUCCACGCCCCCGUCCCCUGAUCCCUAUGACGCCAGUCCUGGAGCAGCCCACCUGACCAUGGUAAUGUGGCUCCUCCCCUUCCUGCUGCUGGCUCUCCAACUUUAAAAUCAAGCAACCAAUCAAAGCACCACAGAACUGGGACAGCGUGAGUGUGUUCAUGAGUUUCGACUUCCGCAUCACAAUAAUUCGGUCGGAGAGGAUGCAAGAACUGCCAAACUCUCUAAAUGUAUGAAACCCUGUUCCAUUCCUCAAUGCAACAUAGUGAUUUAUUGUCUGGGUGUUCACAAUGACGGACUUCAAGGGUUUAAAUAAUUGUGUGUCUCACUCUUAAUUUGGACUUAAGAUGGUGCCCAUAUGAAAUAAAACCCCCCUCUCUUCAAAGCAAGUGCUUGAAAGGUAGUCAACAGGUGGACAAUGCUACACAUUUCACAACAAAAAUCAACAACCACAAAAAUAAUAUCAAAUCAUCCAUAAUUGAAUAUCUAUUUGAACCCAGCUCUUCCGAAUGGACAGUGUUGGUACGUGUGUUUUGUGAUGUUUGCUUGAAGAAGCACAUGAACAAGUGGUAAGAGAAAGGAAACUGGGCUCUUUCAUGAGCUUCAGUUGGUUACAGAGACUGUCUUUAUUUUUGUAAUGUGGCUGUAUUGUUUAAAUGUUCAUCCCACAGGCUGUUUCUCCCAGCAGUCUUGGAGUGGAGUGCACGUUUGCUAAGAAAAUGGCAGGGAUAUGAAGAGCAGAAGAGUUAUUUCUUGAGUCUUUAUGAAUGCCAUGAUCACCUGAGCAGUUCUUGUAUACUUCACCUGUGAAUAUGGGUGCCUGAAAUACUGCUUAUGCAAAACAGAAAAAGAAGCACAAACCCUGUUAAACGAAACACUUCCUGUUUAUGUGAAUUCAAGCAGCUUUAUCCCAUCUCCUUACUCACUGUUUGUCUCAGCCAAUCAAAAUGAGCACAAUGAGGGUCCAUUGAUUCUCUCAAGUGACUGACGGCAGUUUUCAGCGUCCCCAUCCUAUGAGCACUCGCCAUCUGCAGUUGUGUUGCUUUUUCAUUCUCAAUUGUCCUGUGAUUACAAACAAGGUGAGUAAAAAAAGUAAAUGCGUUGACCCCAACAACCUCUAGAGACUACUGACCAAUCAGUGACCUGCAUCACAAAACGGGGCAAGACAUUUCUCUCAAAUGGGUGGAAAUUGUGGAUUUUACUUGUUAUUUCAUGAAAAAUAAACCUGCCAGAUACUGAUGUACAGAAUAAUGCUUGUGUGUCCAAAUAUGUACAUGAAGUGAGUAAGAUCAUACAGUUUGUUAUGAUCCAGCAAAAAUCUGCAUUGAUUUUUUGGGGGAAAACCCAAGCGGUCGAUUUUAAUGUGGUAAAAUAUGCUAUAAUUAUCAUUGACAAUAGUUAUAUGGAAAAUAAUAGUCAGAAAAUUUUCCAAUACUUAAAUGCAUUUUUGUUUGCCCCACAGAAGAAAGGCAUACAUGUUUGAUUUGGGAUAAAUACUGUGAUAUUUAUUUCUUAAAGGGAGAUGAAAGCUUUACCAAAUUUUACCAAAUUAGCCAAAAGUGGCAAUAUAGGGGCUUCGUGAAUGACUGAUGUUGUAAUUCUGCAGGAAUCUUCAAGUUCUGGGCGUGCAGAUUGUGUGUGGACCUGCCGAUCAGUUCAAGCUGAGAGGGUAAUGAGUAACUGAGGGAGUGAAGUAACCCUCAUUUAUUUUUGGAGCGCAGUAGUUGCAUCUUCACUUAUGCACAUCGUCUGGGCCAGCACACAUACCUACAAUGCCCUUCAGACUGAACCCUCAAACAAAAUCAAACACCCACAUGUAACAGUGUUGUGAUACUGCCGCAAGACAUGCUCAAAGGAAAUCUGAAGGAUAUCUUGACUCAGGAGGACGACAACAUGGAUGUGGACACUUAGCUGAAAAUAUUUUAUUUGAGUUUCUUUUUUUUUCCAUUGAGAAAAUUGCAUCUUUACAAUAACAUUCAGCUCAUUCAGCUCUCCCAAAAAUGCUUGUCGUCCAUGUAAGACAAAUGCAUGAGAAGACAUGACAAUGCAUAGACUCUCGAUGGGGAAUCGGUUCAACACUGCAGCUGGAAUUGCUUGCCAGUUCAGUGAUGAAUGUGGUAUGAAUCGAUCUCGGCACAUUUAAAAGAAAUUGGACUGAAAAAGCACUCUGCAGUAUCCAAGCUCACCUUUUCUGAGGAGCAUGUUCUGCGGAGGGAGGAUAAAAGUGAUGGGACGUGGAGCCAAGUAUGGUGUCCCAUAUUCAGAAUUGAACCUAUCCAAGUGUACACAUACACUCGGAGCAGAGAGCAGCCAUUUUUAUUUGCAGCACCCGAGGAGCAUAUGGGGGCUUGGUGCCUUACUCAAAGUUCUCACCUCAGUUGUGGUAUUGAGGGUGGAAGAGAGCGCUGGUUUUUCACUUCCCCCACCUACAACUCCUGAUGGUACAGACUUGGACCAGCGACCUUUAGGUCUCAAGUCUGACUCUCAAACCACUAGGCUUUGACUGCCUGGUCCAAAGUUUCAUUUAUUGAUGAAAGGGAGUUAAAUUUAUUUGGGUCAAUUGGGAAACAUUAUGUUCUGCGUCAAACUGUGGAAAGACUGAACCCCGAGUGCAUAUAGUCAGCGAAAGGGGGAGGAGGAAGUGUCAUGCUUUGGGGGAUGUUUUGUGCAGCAGGAGUUGGACCUCUUCUACAGCUACAUGGCAGGUGAAUGCCAAUGUUUAUCAGAAUCUCCUUCAGCAACAUGUUCCUUCCCCGCAAACAUCUCCCAAUCAGCCUGCAAUUUUCAUGCAAGACAAUGCCCUCGUCACACUGCAGAACAGGUAAGGCAGUUCAUUGACGCUGAGAACAUUGAAAUAAUGAAAUGGCUGGCCCAGAGUCCUGAUCUAAACCCUACUGAAAAUCUCUGGAAAAUCCUUGGCAACAAAAUGAUGGCUAAGAAACCCACUACAGUUAUUCAACUCUUAAAGAGAGUGGAAGAAGAGUGGGCUAAGAUCACACCAGCAGUGAGAGAAACUAGUGAUGUCCUGCGGCCGCAGAUGUGCUAAAGAUGUGCUAAAAGGGCCUCUACACUUCCUACUAAUUUCUAACAACUGUAAACCUCCAAAAUGUUACUGUUCUCUAAAUUUGAUCACGCUGUAUUAAACAAAAUAAAGGUUUUUGUUGAAAUAUCUUGACUAUUUUGCCAAACAGUGUUAUGGCCACAGCUAUUCCUUCAAAUUCGGAGUGAUGAAGAUAAACAAUAUUUCAGGAAAAAUCAAGCAUUUAUAGAUUGUUCUCUGAUUUUGAUCUCGACUGUGUGUGUCUAUAUACAUACCAAUAAUCGUCAAAACAUCUUUUGUGCUCAACAGAAACUUGGACAAGUUUGGAAAAAUGUGAGGUUGAGUAAAUGAUGAUCUCUUUAAGCUUCAGAACCGUUAAACUGUCAACCAAAUUAUUUUAAAUUAACUUUGCGGCUGAGCUUGAUGAAUGCUGGCUUCACUACAAUUUGUGUAAAAAUCGAGUAAAUGGAGUGAUUUCCAUGAUGAUGUACUCGCGGCAUGAGUCCAAACAAUGAUUUCAUGGGUCCUGUAAUGUUAAAGAAUGUUCCUUUUUUCUUCUUCUGGAAAUAGAAACAUCAUGCAGUAGCAAUUAAACUUGAAACAUGUUCACUACAAUGAAACAUUAAUUCAACAGAAAUUUGCCAAAUAUUAUGAUGCACGAUUUUAAUCAUUGCAUUCAGUCGAGAAGGUCAAGACCUCUGAGCCGCCACAGGCCAGAAUGACUAUUUUAAGUAGGGGAUUUGUGAAAAGAAUAUUCACCCUCUCUUUCUGGAUUCCUGCUAAUGUGCUUGAUAAAACGCAAAUAUACAACUAAUAGUGAUAAUAGCUAAUAGUCAAACACGUAAAGUAUCUGUAAUACAUCUGAGUGGGGAGACUUUGACAGCUCCCUCAUAAUCCCAUUUGGAAAAGCUCUGAAGAGGCACUGGAUAAACGCUCAUGCCGAGGAAGAAGUUGUCACAGUAUUGUUUAUCCUCAUCCGCCUGCUGAUAAUAAGGAGAUAACAAAUGCAUUUCAUCUGUCCUGUUGUGAGAGAAAAGCUUAAAUGCUUACAACAGCCACUAUGCAAUGAAGAUAAAACAAAGUACAUUAGAUACUGCACGGUACCAUAAGUGUGCCAUUUCCUCUUCGGCUACAUAAAUUACUCAACAGUGUGAAAAAAAAAAGCCAGUUUGUUAUCUCAUUAAACAUACGAAGGGUGAUGAGCUAACAAAGAACAAUAUAAUUUCACUCAACAUAAAAAAAACUGAUUGAUUUACAGGCAAUCAUCUUCAUUUUACCGUUUAAUUAUAGACAAAAUGUUCUAUGGCAUUCUUUAUGUACACAUAUGAUUACAAGGUCAGGUUUAAAUUUCCAGGUCUUAUUAUUUUUUCUUAAAGUAGGCAUCUAGUUUAGAGUUUGUUCAGGACAUUCGCCAUUUCACAUACAAAAGAAGCUGCAAUGCAGUCACAUUUCAAAAGCCUGGGAUACUCCACCCAUCAUCAAGUGCAUUAAGUCAUUCAACAGAGACUGCAUUCACAUUACUCUCCAUCACCAUGUACAAAAAAA